AUGGAAAUACCAAACUAUGAUAGUACCGGUGACCCUGAUAAAAAAUAUAAACAGUUAUUUCCUUACAUGCCAUCAGACACAUUUCGGAUGUUAAUUUGUGGAAACAGUGGAAGUGGUAAGACUAAUCUGUUAUAUCACAUGUUAAUUAAACCGCUGUUGUACUAUGAUGAGAUUUAUCUUUACGCGCGUAGUCUAGAACAGGAUAAGUAUCAAAAGCUAAUUCAGAAAAUGAGGGAGUUGAGUAGUAAACUGGGAUAUGAAAUACUUCAUGUGAGUAAUGAUGAAAUAACUCCAGUGACAGAAGUGGAUUAUGAAGACAAUCAAAAACUUGUGAUAUUCGAUGACUAUGUUUGUGAUAAAAACCAGAGACAACUGAUUGAUUAUUUCAUUCAAGGACGGCAUAAGAAUUGCUCUGUAAUCUACCUCAGUCAAUCAUUUUACAAAACUCCAAAGGAUAUUCGAUUGAAUUGUUCUCAUUACUGCCUUUAUGAAUUUCCAUCAUCGAGAGAAUCCAACAGGAUAUCAUCUGAGUUGGGAGUUGACAAAGAGACAUAUAAAGCAGCAACAAGAAAACCAUUUACAUUUCUAUAUGUUGAUAAACCCAGAAAAAGUAUUGCAAAAAACUUUACUAGUAAUCUAGCCUAA